GUAGAAGAGAGAGAAAUAAAAAGAGAGAUAGAGCUGGAUUCACAUGGUCUUGUUCUUUCCCUCUCUCUCUCUUCCCUUUUUCUUCUCUUCUCAUCUCUCUCCACUUUGAUCAUUACCAACCAAACUGAUUGAAACCCCCUUUGUUCUCUCUCUCUCUCACUCUCUCUUCUCUCUGUGCCUCUUAACGUCAUGGCUGACGAUAAGGAGAUGCCUGCUGCUGUAGUUGAUGGACAUGAUCAAGUCACUGGUCACAUAAUCUCCACCACUAUCGGUGGUAAAAAUGGCGAACCUAAACAGACAAUAAGUUACAUGGCGGAGCGAGUUGUUGGUACAGGCUCCUUCGGAAUAGUUUUCCAGGCGAAGUGUUUGGAGACUGGAGAAACCGUGGCGAUAAAGAAGGUUUUACAAGACAGGAGAUACAAGAACCGAGAGCUUCAGCUGAUGCGUGUGAUGGACCAUCCUAAUGUGGUUUGUUUGAAGCAUUGCUUCUUUUCAACCACAAGUAAAGACGAGCUGUUCCUUAAUCUGGUUAUGGAGUAUGUCCCUGAGAGCUUGUACCGAGUUCUUAAACAUUACAGCACUGCUAAUCAAAGAAUGCCACUUGUUUACGUUAAACUUUACAUGUACCAGAUCUUCCGGGGACUUGCUUACAUUCACAAUGUUGCUGGAGUUUGUCACAGAGAUCUAAAGCCUCAGAAUCUUCUGGUUGAUCCUCUUACUCAUCAAGUCAAGAUCUGUGACUUUGGCAGUGCUAAACAGCUUGUUAAAGGUGAAGCCAACAUCUCUUACAUAUGUUCACGAUUUUACCGUGCACCCGAGCUCAUAUUUGGUGCCACGGAAUACACAACUUCCAUUGAUAUCUGGUCUGCUGGUUGUGUUCUCGCUGAGCUUCUUCUUGGUCAGCCAUUAUUCCCUGGAGAAAAUGCUGUAGAUCAGCUCGUUGAAAUCAUCAAAGUUCUUGGUACACCAACACGAGAAGAGAUCCGUUGCAUGAAUCCACAUUACACAGACUUUAGGUUCCCACAGAUAAAGGCACACCCAUGGCACAAGAUUUUCCACAAGAGGAUGCCUCCAGAAGCCAUUGAUUUUGCAUCAAGGCUGCUUCAGUACUCUCCAAGUCUUAGAUGCACAGCGCUUGAAGCUUGUGCACAUCCCUUCUUUGAUGAACUAAGAGAACCAAAUGCUCGUUUACCAAACGGACGGCCUUUCCCGCCUCUCUUCAACUUCAAACAAGAGGUAGCUGGAGCUACACCUGAGCUGGUCAACAAGUUGAUUCCAGACCAUAUCAAGAGACAGCUGGGUCUAAGUUUCUUGAAUCAGUCUGGAACUUAAGACCAUCAAAAGACAAGAACUUUUUAAUGUAUAAUGUACCAUUACUCAGAGCCAGAAGGUUAGUUGAAAAGAAACGUGGAGGACAACACAGUUCUAAGUUUUGCCUCUAUCAAGCUCGUUCCAAGAAUGUUCCUUCUAAGAGACGAGUUUGAUGGUGAAAAAGACAAGCUUCUAUGUAACAUUGUUCCCACAAAAUCUGCAAGGAAAGCUAUUCAGUUGUAUCUUCUUACUCUUUUUAAGUUUAAAAACAAAAAUCUCCUCUUUUGCUUUAUUAUUUCUGCAUCUGUAAAUGAGUUUAGUCAGAGAUUUUUAUAUAGUAAAGUUUGAGCAGAAGGUGAAAGAAUCUUUAGUCAAAGAGAUCCAAAGUCUUUACCAGAAGAGGAAGACUGGAGUUUCUGUAGAUUAAGGUGUUGCUCUCUAUUUUUUUUUGUUUUCCAUUUGAAUAUUUUGUUGUUAUUACCAAAUUUUAUGAAAUGGUUUGUUUAUGUCUUACUUUCUUACAAAGACAAAUCUCUU